AUGUCGUCAAAGCCAAUAGCAGAAGCACCUCCAAUCCUCGACUUUUCCGUAAUCUACGGCAACGAUGCAGCUGCCAAGUCUGAAUUGGUUGAAACGGUCAAGAAAUGUUGUCUUCGCAACGGAUUCUUCCAAAUCGUCGGGCACCGCGUUCCUCGACAACUGCAGGAAGAUGUGCUAGAUAGUUUGAAAUCAUUCUUCAAUCUCCCUCAGGAGCUAAAGGAGAAAGUGCACAAAGACAACACAACCUGGAACCGCGGCUACGAAUCCAUCGGCUCCCAAAUCCUCGAAGCAGGAACCAACCCCGACCUCAAAGAAGGCUUCUACAUCGGCGAAGAAAUCUCAAAAUCCCACCCCUACUUCACCGGCGAAAAGCUCAACAGCGGUCCAAACCAAUGGCCCCCCUCCACCCCUUCCCAUCCCUCCUUCGACGCCGAGAAAUUCCGCCGCGUAUCCAUGCACUACUACUCCCACAUGCACACCCUCGCCCGCGAAGUCCUCAGCGUGAUCGCCCUCACCCUAGACCUGCCGGAAGAUUACUUCCAACCCUUCACAACCGGAGCCGUAGCGACACUCAGAUACCUGCAUUACCCACCCCAACCGCCAACCUCCGACGAAAAACUCACCCGCGGAAUCGGCGCGCAUACGGAUUUCGGCUCCAUCACGCUCCUGAUGCAAGACGAAGUAGACGGUCUCCAAGUCCACGAGAAAUCCACAAACGAAUGGCUCGACGUCCUCCCCGUCCCAGGCGCCUACGUAGUAAACCUAGGAAACAUGUUCAUGCGGUGGUCCAACGAUUUAUACAUCAGCAACCUGCACCGGGUGAUAAACAAGAGCGGAAAAGAAAGAUAUUCCGUCCCGUUUUUCUUUUCGGGACAUCCGGAUUAUGUGAUCGAUUGCUUGCCGAAUUGUAGGAAAGAGGGGGAAAGCAAGAAGUAUGAGCCGAUCACGGUGAUGGAGUGUGUGGGUGGGAGUUAUAGGGAGAGUUAUGGGAAGGCGAAAGUGUUCAAGGAACAAGCCGCGAAUGUGAAGAAGGAUGUCGGCGGUGGUGGUGGUGAGAUGACUUCGAAGGUUUCCAAGGAGAUUGUUGUGUAGACUUUCUCAAACCUCAAUCGCGCGUUGGGUAUUACUCAUUAUAUACUACUGGGGUGUCUCUAAGCGUAUGUAUGUACAUCGGGACGCCGCAAGUAAAAAAAAAGGCUUUCCGCUGC